ACGGAUAAAGCAUGGCAGCCAAUGCUGCUAAGUUUCUCUAUAGAAGUCGUUGUUUCUCGAGUUUUCGUUGGUACAGUGCCUCCUCAUACACUUAUAGGACACACACUUGUGGAGAACUGAGGAAAGAUCACGUGGGAAGUCACGUGACUUUGUGUGGGUGGACACAAAAGUCUAGGGUAAUGGGUAAAGUGGGCGUGGUUUUUGUUCCUUUAUCAGAUGCAACCGGUACGACUCAAGUUGUCACUGAUAAUGAAGAGCAUAGAGAGGUUUUGCAGUCACUGCCAACAGAAUCUGUCGUACUGGUAGAGGGUGUAGUCUCAGACAGACCAGGACACAAUUUAAAUAAAGAUAUGUCAACAGGGGAUAUUGAAGUUCAAGCAAAGAAUAUUAAAAUUUUAAAUAAGUCAUCAGAAAGUCUAUCAUUUUAUCCAUUUAGUAAAGCAGGCGGUAAUACGACUGAAGAGAUGAGAUUACGCGAGAGGUGUUUGGAGAUUAGGAGACAUCAAUUGCAGAAUAUUCUUAGAUUUCGAUCAAAAGUUUCAUCAAUCAUCAGACAAUAUCUGAUAUCUGAAGGUUUUAUUGAGGUUGAAACUCCGACACUUUUCAAGCCAACCCCAGAGGGAGCUCGUGAAUAUUUAGUGCCCACCAGGGAGAAAGGGAAAUUCUACUCACUAGCUCAGAGCCCACAACAAUUUAAGCAGUUGUUGAUGGUUGGUGGUGUUGAUAGAUACUUUCAGUUUGCUCGUUGCUAUAGAGAUGAAACCUCUCGUGUCGAUCGUCAACCUGAAUUCACUCAAAUUGAUCUAGAGAUGUCAUUCACUUCUGCUCAGGAUUUAAUGUCACUGAUAGAGUCAAUGAUGACACAGCUUUUGAAAUCAUUAGAUUACAAGUUUACUGCUCCAUUCCCUGUAAUGACUUACAGAGAAGCCAUGGAUGAUUAUGGAUCAGAUAAACCAGAUACAAGGCUAGGCAUGAAAUUCAACUGGCUCAGUGAGAAAUUUAAGGACACAAGUACUUUAGUGGCUUUUGAUAUCCCAAAGGAAUUUUUAAAUCAAAAGAAAGGACUUAGUUUUGAUACAUCAGUGGAAAUGUCAAAUGGAAUUAUUUUCACAUAUCGUAAUGGACAUGUAAAUGUAAUAGCUGAUGGCGGAGGUGUGCUAAGUGAAUCCAUUAUUAACGAUAAGGAAAACACAAUAAAUAAAUUAAAGGAAAUAUUGGGAGACAGAGAUUGUGUAGUGACAUCUUUUGAUGAAGAAAAGCAUAAAGACAGUGCACUUGAUAAUUUAGGAAAAUUUAGAAUUGAAAAUGGGUCAUUCUUAAAGGAAACUAAGGAGUUGCAUUCACAGUUUGAGCUUCUGUGGGUAACUGGUUUCCCUUUAUUUGAAGAAGAGGAGGAAGGAGGAGGGACUGUGAUAAAGUCAGUGCAUCAUCCAUUCACAGCUCCAGUGCCUGAACAUGAAGAACUGAUGUACUCUACUGAUGCUAAUCAACUGACCAAAAUUGUAGGUCAGCAGUAUGAUCUGGUUGUGAAUGGCUGGGAGUUAGGAGGUGGCUCAAUUAGGAUCCACAAUCCACUACUCCAGGAGCACGUAUUUGAGAAUAUCUUAAAAGCUGAGACAACCAGUUUCUCUCAUCUCAUCAAAGGACUUUGGUCUGGCUGUCCUCCUCAUGGUGGCAUUGCUUUAGGUCUGGAUAGAUUGAUUGCUUUGCUAUGCAAUACAAAGACAAUAAAGGAAGUGAUUGCAUUUCCCAAAUCUUUGCAAGGCUAUGACGCAAUGUGUGGGUCACCAGCAACUCUCACUGAUGAUCAGUUACUAGAAUAUCAUUUAAAAAUCAACUAAAAAUCAUAAAUAGUGUUAUUAUU